ACAUUUUGCGACUCCGCAUCGUCAGUACUCAGUCCCACUUCUCAACUCUGAAUUGAGUAAUUUAUCGAUCGGAAGAUAAUACUCCUUCUGCACCUUGGACGUCUGCCCCGAAAAGCCCACAUCGCAGCACAUCAUCAGUAUGGCCGAGUCAGCAUCGCCAAUUGGCAUUGCCAAUCUCCCGAACCAACGCCACAAGAUCGUUGCCAAGCGGGGAGCAGCUUUCACUAUCAUGGUUGCUGGAGAAUCUGGACUUGGAAAGACUACGUUUAUCAACACUCUCUUCUCGACCACCAUAAAGAAUUACGCCGACCACAAGCGCCGCCACAACAAGCAGAUUGAUAAGACUGUUGAGAUUGAAAUCACGAAGGCUGAGCUAGAGGAAAAGUUUUUCAAAGUACGACUCACUGUGAUCGACACGCCUGGAUUCGGCGACUAUGUCAACAACCGCGAUUCAUGGCAGCCAAUUAUCGAGUUCUUGGACGACCAGCAUGAAUCCUAUAUGCUCCAAGAGCAGCAACCUCGUCGUACUGAGAAGAUUGACCUGCGCGUUCACACUUGCCUGUAUUUCAUCCGCCCAACAGGUCAUACCCUUAAACCACUCGAUAUUGAGGUCAUGAAGCGGCUCUGCACUCGUGUCAAUUUGAUUCCCGUUAUUGCAAAAGCCGACACUCUCAGCCCAGCUGAUCUGGCCAAAUUCAAGACCAGAAUAAAGGCCGUCAUCGAAGCCCAGGGCAUCAAGAUCUACCAGCCGCCGUUGGAGGAGGAUGAUGAAGCGGGUCUCCAACACGCCAGGAGCUUGAUUGCUGCUAUGCCUUUCUCGGUCAUUGGCUCUGAGAAGGAUGUCCAGACCAACGACAAUCGCACUGUGAAGGGCCGCCAAUACGCUUGGGGCGUGGCCGAAGUUGAGAAUGAGGAUCACUGCGACUUCAAGAAGCUCCGCGCGAUCCUGAUCCGCACCCAUAUGCUCGACCUUAUUCAUACAACCGAAGAGAACCACUACGAGGCGUACCGUGCUAUGCAAAUGGAAACCAGAAAGUUCGGUGAAGCUCGUCCCAGAAAGCUCGAUAACCCCAAGUUCAAAGAGGAGGAAGAGGCGCUUCGCAAACGAUUCACUGAGCAGGUCAAGGUCGAGGAACAACGAUUCAGACAAUGGGAGCAAAAGCUCAUUGCAGAGCGCGAUCGUCUCAACAAGGACUUGGAGCAGAGCCAUGCCGUCAUCAAGGCUCUCGAGGCAGAUGUGGAGAACCUCCAAGGAAGCGUCGCUCGCUCGCAUGGUCGUCGCUAAAUUGCAUGAUAAUAUAUUUCUCUUCGAGAUACCUUCUUAUCGAGUUUGUUAGGUUUUUAAUGGCAGACCUGGACGAUCUGCGUGCCACCUAUGGCUGGAACCACGCAAAAGUAGCCGGGUGAUGGCUCCCGAGCGGCGCGCGAGAUGGAAAUUAGUAUACACGUAGUAUCAGUAUAUCUAUUCAUGAGUAGAUUAAUGGUGCCGUAGCAGUGGCAGGGCCAGAAUUUUCUAUGUAAAACCCAUAAAUAACAGUUUCUACGUAUUGAUGUGGAU